AACUAAUUGCCCGAGAGUUUAAAGUUGUGGGAACUAAUAAAGUUUUCCCUUAUAUAUACAUAUAUGCAUAUGCAUAUUCCCUCCUCCAAAACCAAAAGCAUCUCCGCCUGCGGCACUGGUCCGGUCGUCCGGGGGUUUUCCAUCUUUCCCCCAUUCUCUUCUGUAUUGUCAUUGUUCUUGUCAACGAGUGAUUGUUUUUGUUCAUUUUUAUUUGUAUCUUUUGCAGUGCAUGGGGUUUUCCUAAGAUCUUCGGAGUUUCUUAUUCCUUUUUCCUUGCUUCACUUGAGUUACAAGAAAAAUCUUACGCUUUUUAGUCUGCGAAUUAUAAUUCUCAGUACUCGGUGGUAGGUAUCACUAGCUCUGUUUCGCUUUACAAAAUGACUGUUGGAGCUGGAAUUUCCGUUGCUGAUGGCAAGUUGAUGGUUCUGGGUAACUGCAUUCUGUCUGAUGUUCAUGAGAACAUCGUCAUCACUCCCGCUAGUGGUGAGGCAUUGAUCAAUGGAGCUUUUAUCGGUGUCACCUCUGAUCAUAGUGGAAGUCGUCGCGUCUUUCCUGUCGGCAAGCUUGAGGGAUUGCGUUUCAUGUGUCUCUUCCGCUUCAAGCUAUGGUGGAUGACACAGAGGAUGGGUUCUUCGGCCAAGGAUAUCCCAUUUGAGACACAGUUUCUGAUUGUCGAAGGACACGACGGGUCUUACUUCGGUGAAGGUGUAGACCAAUCAGCGGCUUAUAUCGUUUUCUUACCUAUUCUAGAGGGAGCCUUCAGAGCUGUUCUUCAAGGCAAUGCAAAUGACGAGUUGGAGAUCUGUUUGGAAAGUGGGGAUCCUGCUGUUGAUGGAUUUGAGGGGAGUCGUUUGGUUUUCGUAGGAGCUGGAUUAGAUCCAUUUGAUGCCAUAACGAAUACUGUGAAAACUGUGGAGAAACACUUACAAACAUUUUCUCAUCGUGAAAAGAAGAAGAUGCCAGAUAUACUUAACUGGUUUGGCUGGUGUACAUGGGACGCGUUCUAUACGGAUGUGACUGCAGAAGGAGUGAGACAAGGCUUAAAAAGCCUGGAGAAAGGUGGAACUCCCCCAAAGUUUGUCAUAAUUGAUGAUGGAUGGCAAACAGUUGGUAUGGAUGCCACUGGGAUCGCAUCAGGUGUUCAAGAUGCAGCAAAUUUUGCUAACAGGUUAACCCAUAUCAAAGAAAAUCACAAAUUUCAGAAAAAUGGCAAGGAGGGCCACAGAGAAAAAGACCCGGCAAUGGGAAUUGCUCACAUUGUUACUGAAAUCAAAGAUAAGCAUGCUUUAAAAUAUGUUUAUGUGUGGCAUGCGAUAACUGGGUAUUGGGGUGGUGUUAAGCCUGGUGUUGCAGAAAUGGAACACUAUGAAUCGAAGAUGUCAUACCCCAUUUCAUCUCCUGGGGUUCAGUCCAAUGAGCCAUGUCAAGCUCUGAACAGCAUUGCUCUUAAUGGCCUAGGUCUUGUGAACCCUGAGAAAGUUUUCAACUUCUACAGUGAACUACACUCGUAUCUUGCAUCAGCUGGCAUUGAUGGAGUCAAAGUAGAUGUUCAGAACAUACUUGAGACUCUAGGAGCUGGCCAUGGAGGGAGAGUGAAACUUGCUAGGAAGUACCAUCAAGCAUUAGAGGCUUCAAUUGCUAGAAACUUCCAGGACAAUGGAAUUAUAUCUUGUAUGAGUCACAAUACAGAUGGUUUAUACAGCUCAAAGCGCACAGCUGUGAUAAGAGCAUCAGAUGAUUUCUGGCCAAGAGAUCCAGCAUCACAUACGAUUCAUAUUGCUUCUGUUGCCUACAACAGCAUUUUCCUUGGGGAAUUCAUGCAACCUGAUUGGGAUAUGUUCCAUAGCCUCCAUCCCAUGGCUGAAUACCAUGGAGCAGCUCGUGCAGUUGGAGGAUGUGCUAUUUAUGUCAGUGACAAACCUGGACAUCAUGACUUCAACUUAUUAAAGAAGCUUGUACUUCCUGAUGGAUCCAUACUGCGGGCCAAACUUCCAGGAAGACCUACAAGGGAUUGCUUGUUUUCAGACCCUGCCAGAGAUGGAAGGAGCCUCCUUAAGAUAUGGAAUCUGAACGAUUUCUCUGGAGUUAUGGGAGUUUUCAACUGCCAAGGAGCAGGAUGGUGUAUGGUUGGAAAGAAGAAUCUAAUCCAUGAUGAACAACCUGGGACAAUCACUGGGGUUAUCCAUUCAAAUGAUGUUGAGUACCUACCAAAAAUUGCUGAAGAUGGAUGGAAUGGAGAUGCUGUCAUUUAUUCUCAUUUGGGUGGAGAGGUUAUUUAUCUUCCAAAAAAUUCUUCUUUGCCAGUUACUUUAAAAUCCCGUGAAUAUGAAGUCCUUACAGUGGUCCCUGUUAAGGAACUCUCCAACAGACGACUUUUUGCUCCUAUUGGACUAAUCCAGAUGUUUAACACUGGAGGAGCCAUCAAGGAUUUGAGAUAUGAAUCUGAGAGAAGCUCAACAAUUGAUAUGAAAGUACGAGGAUGUGGCAUAUUUUGUUGCUAUUCAUCUGUUCAGCCUAGGAGGAUAACUGCUGAUACAGAGGAAGUAGAGUUUACAUAUGAUGGAGGCUCCGGUUUGGUAGGCAUUGUCCUGAGAAUCCCAAACGAAGAGCUAUAUCAGUGGCACGUAACCAUAGAGCUCUAAAUGGUUCUAUCAUCCGGUUUUUAGGGGAGUCGAUGUAUCCAAUUUUAGUCCAAUAUCUCUUGCUUAACCUCAAGAGUUGCUUAAAUGGACAUGAGUUUGCAAUAUGUUUUGUAGUGCAUGGAAAUGAAUGGUAUGAGCAAUCUAUGUGGAUUGUCUUUCCUUGUUUUAGUAAAGGUGUAUGUUUGCACCUAUUCAUGAGUAUAGGGGAUGGGCUACCCCUCUUGUGUAGUCCCAUGAACCGCAAAAAAUAAAAAGCAAAAAAAAAAAAAAAAGAAAAGGCUCUCUCUCUCUCUCCAUCUAUAUAGCAAAUUGGUCCACGUUACCUUGUUUCUCCUUGCUCCAUUACCUUUAUCCUGCAUUCUCCUUGACUCUCUCCUCUCCCCCUCCCACUAUUCUCAAUUUGCCACUUCAACACCUAUUUUCUUCGUUCCUCUCUCUCCCCUAACUCAUGUCUCUCACUUUCUAUAACAACCUAACUUCUCUCCUUAAUUUGUUUCAUGCGUCUCUGUUUUUAUUUAAUGGCAAAACUACCUCCACUCGAGUUUAUCAUCUUCUUCCAUUCGGAACCCUACAACAAGGCAGCGGCGGCAUUUAGUUGCAGGUCCACGGGCGACAUUUGAUUGCAGGUCCACCGGCGAUGUUACCAUGCUCUUCACAUUGCCGUGUUCGAUUUUAUAGAAAAUAAAGAAAAACAAAAGGUUUGUGGAAUUUGCAAGCUCCCUUGUCGCGGGAUGUAAUUGUGGUAAGAGAAACAGGGAGGGCAUGUCGAACGUCGUAUUGAACGGAUUGGCUGGAGACGGAGGAGGCAUCAUUGCUCAGAUAAUCAUAUAUCCUCUCCAAACCGUAAACACGCGCUAGCAAACAGAAAGGGUUGCCAAGAAAGGGCUUCUCCCUCAUUGCGAUGGUGCCUCAUCUCCUUCCAAUCGUCUCCCAAGCGGUACUGUAAUGGAAAUCCUUUAGGUAUUCACCCACUC